AUGGACUUAUCUAAUUUAUCAAAUACUUUACCACAUCUGAAACCAAUACUGAGACAAAAGAAACCAGAAGAGUCUCAUCCGCCAUCAACUUCGCAAUCAUCAACAUCAUCCACUUCUUCUUCCGACAUUAGCCUGGAACUUACAACACAUUUUAAAGACGCAGCCAAAGCUGUAGCAUCUUUAUACAAUAGUUCAUUAACUUCAUCAUCAAAUGAAUCUCAAAAAUCAGCUGUAAAACUCGAUUUUGCUAGUGCCGCUAGAUCAGUUGCUUCGUUAUAUAAAUUGGGGCAAAUUUCACAUUCAUCAUCACAAGAAAAAGGUUAUUUACAAUGUAUUGACGAUUUAUUGGAUAUUAUAACAAACAAUGAAGAUGUUGAAAAUUGGGCAUUAACAAGAAGAGCAGAAUUAACUAAAAAUUCAUCAUCAACUACUAUACGACAACAAAAAACAACAUUAGAAGAUUCUAAAAUACCCAGUGAUUUUGUAUUUCAAUUUAAUUCUGAUACUACUGCAUCUUUUAAACCUAGUAUUCCUCCUAUUUCAGUUCAACAUAAUCAAUCACAACGUAAUCCAGUAUUAAAGAAAACUAAAUUACAACAACAAUAUUAUAAAAAAUUAUAUUCAUCGGGAGAAUCAAGUGAAAGUGAAACUGAUGAUAAUAAAAGAGUUAAAAUAUUUAAAGAUUCAAGUAUUAGCCCAGCUAAGAAAAAGAAAAAGAAAAAUUAA